AUGUCGACACGCAGAGCUCACCACAAAACAAAAUUUGGGUGUCGUACCUGCAAAAGAAGACGCAUCAAGUGUGACCAAUGCCGUCCGGACUGCAAGAACUGUAUCAAGCGUGGCUUAGAAUGUAGCUUCCGCGCACUGGAUCCAUCUCCGCCGUCCUCAAUCUCCGCACUCCAACCAGGGAGUGAGAGCAGCCAGGCCGUUUCUCCAUUUCAUGCGUUCUCUCAUGAACCUAAAGAUAUCGCUUAUUCGCUUCCACCUCCGACACUCCUGGAUUACCUGGCUCAAAAUAGCUUACUCGAAGGCUAUCCAGAAAUACUACUUCCCCGCCUGCAACUACUGCUACAUAAUUUCGUCACUGGGACAAGCGCCACUAUUUCGCACAAUGCGACAGCACAAGCAACCUGGUGUGCAGCAAUUCCUAAGCUGGUGGAGAGCCAUCGGUUCGUGUUGCGCGGUAUAUUCGCCAUGUCCUCACUUCAUCUCUCCCGCACUGUCGGCGUAGAGAAAGAGCGGGAAACCUAUCAAACCAUGGCUGCUGUUCAGAUGAACACAGGUCUGGUUCACUACCGCUCGGCCAUGGAGGAGGUUUCCGCGGACAAUGCAGAAGCUCUAUUUGCAUACGCUACCACCACCUCGGUGUUUAUAGUUCUCACGACGGCUGACGAGUGUAAAAGCCUUUUAAAAUCCCUUCAAAGCGAGGGCGGACGGCCGAAUCAGCGGCGCGCAGCUGUCAGCGGACUGGCACACGCCAUCAUCGGGAUCAUGCGUAACUUACGAGGCAUACUCAUAAUCCUGGUUCCGUGUUGGCAUCUAAUAGCAAACGGGAUUCUACAGCCUAUUGUGAAGCGCGAGUGGUGGCCUCAUCGUUAUCCUAUAUCGCCGCAAGCCAUUGAAGAAGACCGCAAGCUUGCAGAGCUGGAAAACCUCUGGGCCCACCCCGACCGCCGCUACGAGUAUUGGUUCGAUACCCUCAGAAGUUCUUUAAAGAGGUUGAGAGAAUGUUUUGGACUGGUCUCACAACUCACAGUGGCUGGCGACGAUAGACGACCGGGCGGGAGGCUUAUCGACUGGACCUCGGUCGUUACCUGGCCGAUAUCGAACUCCCUUGACUUUAUCGACCUCAUCGAGCAGCGGCAACCUGAGGCUUGGAUCAUUCUGGCACAUUAUGCUAUCCUUCCAGCUCGGGUCGAGAAUGUAUGGUGGAUUGAGGGCCUGGCCUCAAACAUUCUUUCGACAGCUGCCCUGGUGCUGAAAGAGGAGAUGUGGACAUGGUUAGAGUGGCCGGCGACGGUUGUGGGCGUGGACUUGGAUAGUCUUCGACCACAUGCUGACGGACCUGCCGGCUAA